ACUCUCCCCGAACAAUACAUCAGCAAGCACUCGGCAACACAACAACAAGAAGCACUGUACUAGCAAUCAUCUUUGCUGUAGCUUUUUUCUGUCCUUUCGUGCACCUUCCGUUCGCGGCUGAUUGAUCAAUGGCGACUGUGAUGGCCAUGAGCUCCUUCGCCGGCGCGGCCGUCCUACCGCGCGGCUCGGCCGGCCGCCUCGGCGCCAGGUCUCUGCCAGCGCUGGGCCGCCGCUCUCUCGUCGUCAGGGCACAGACCGAGGGCCCGAGCGCACCACCGCCAAACAAACCCAAGGCGAGCACCUCCAUCUGGGACGCGCUGGCGUUCAGCGGCCCCGCGCCGGAGCGCAUCAACGGGCGGCUGGCCAUGGUGGGCUUCGUGACGGCGCUCGCGGUGGAGGCGGGCCGCGGCGACGGGCUCCUCUCCCAGCUCGGCAGCGGCACCGGGCAGGCGUGGUUCGCCUACACCGUGGCAGUGCUGUCCGUGGCAUCGCUGGUGCCGUUGCUCCAGGGCGAGAGCGCCGAGGGCAGGGCCGGCGCCAUCAUGAGCGCCAACGCGGAGCUCUGGAACGGCCGCUUCGCCAUGCUCGGCCUCGUCGCUCUGGCGGCCACGGAGAUCAUCACCGGCACGCCCUUCAUCAACGUGUAAAACUAAAUUUGGUGUCCACCGGAUAACACAUCCUGUACUUAGCUAGUAGUAGGACAUGUAAAUGAUGAUCAUCCUCGUAUUCUUUGUAGCCCUGCUAAUUAAAGACGGUUCACCUUUCUUUUCUCA